AUGAAGCUCCUCACCCUCAACUUCCUCACCUGCGCCCGCAAGGCCUGCAAACAAGAACCCGCCGCNUUUCCCCUACACCCCCGCGACGCCGAGCUCGAACGCGUGGAAAUGGAAUUGAACCCCGAGUUCUUGGUCAACGUAUUGCCGCGUCUAGAGUGGAAGGCAAUCAGAAGUUUGGGUGAAGAGGUGAAUUCCCCCUUCCCUCCAUACCCCAUAAACCCCCAAAGACAGGCACAAAGACAAGAUACAGAUGCUAAUGAGAGGUUUGCGAUACAGCUCGGUCUCCCCACACUACCCGAAACAGCGCCAGAAGAAAAAGACUUGAUGGAUGAGAGCACAAAGGAACCUACACAAACACUGCAAGAUCUACAUGCAUUGCUUGUGGAGACGAGUGUGAGUAAUGGAAAGUUGGUUUGUGGGCAUUGUGGUCAUGAGUAUGCUGUCAAGGAAGGCAUUGCGAAUUUCUUGCUGCCGAGUCAUUUGGUGUAA